AUGAAUGUGAGUUGCUUUCUGAGGCGUCUCAAAAAUCAUUUCCACGGGUUUCGUUAUUCGUUCUCCUUCUACCUCAGAUCUGUGAAUGUGACCCGCCAGCAGCAGCAGCCGCAGCAGCAGCCGCAGCAGCAGCAGCCGCAGCAGAGGAAAGGCGAGCAAAAAGGGCAGCAGAAAGGCGUGCAGAGGGGCGAGCAGGGGGGUGUCCAGAGGGAGGUGUUGGAGCGGCUGCUGGGGGACUCACUGGUGGCUCUGUUUGGGUCGGUGGGGGCAGGCAGCAUCCAGGCGUCUCUGCUGGUUCUCUCCUGCGACCCCUGUGGGCCCCACUCCGUGGCUGUGCUGCGCUGUGAUAAGAGCAGGCACGAGCAGCAGGUGUGGGCAGCAGCUGCAGCCAUGAGGCAUCCCACAUUGAACCCCUCAGUGCAAGUGGUGACACUCGCUUCCUCCUUGCUCGCCCUCGCCAACCCCACUCUCCACCUCCCCACGCCUUGA